AUGGGAAUGGGCCCAAAGGAAAACACAGCUCAGACUCCAGAUGUGGAAACACCCUGUACACAGGAGCUGCAGAGCAAGAGCAAGGUGUGUGCUAAUGUAUUCUGUGGGGCUGGCAGAGAGUGUGCUGUCACAGAGAAAGGGGAGCCCAGCUGUCUGUGUAUAGAGAGCUGUAAGCCCCACAAGAGGUCAGUGUGUGGCAGUAAUUCUAAGACCUACAGGAAUCACUGUGAGCUCCACAGGGAUGCCUGUCUGACUGGCUUGAAGGUCCAGGUGGCCCACGAUGGACACUGCCAUGAGAAGAAAACAGAAAAGGCCGCUGCCAGCCCAGUGGUUUGCUAUGCUGCUGACCGCAAUGAGCUGAGGGGUCGUGUGAUCCAGUGGCUGCAGACUGAGGUGGUCCCAGACGGAUGGUUUGCCAAGGGAUCCAACUUCUCUGACAUCCUGCUCAAGUACUUCAAGUCUUACGACAAUGGUGAUUCCCAGCUGGACUCCUCAGAGCUGCUCAAAUUCAUCGGACAAAAUGACUCUGUUGUGGAGCUGCAGUCCUACGCAGACCAGGAGAGCAACAACCUGCUCAGGAGCCUGUGUGUUGAUGCCCUCAUUGAACUCUCUGAUGACAACGCCGACUGGAAGCUGAGCUUUGAUGAGUUCCUCAACUGCCUGAAGCCUGGCUUCAAUCCACCAGAGAAGAAAUGUGCCUUGGAGGAUGAGACAUAUGAGGACGGAGCAGAGACCCAGGUCGAGUGUAACCGAUGUGUUUGUGCAUGCGGCAACUGGGUUUGCACUGCUAUGACCUGCACUGACAAAACGGCAGCUGUGGAUGAGUCUUUGGAUGCUGGGGCGGAGAUGACUGAGGAGGAGUGGAACCUCCGUGUGGCCGAGCUCAACAAGCACCAGGAAACUGUUGAGAAGAUGAAGUCCAGCAGCACAAAGGAGGCCUAAAUAAGGAAACAAUGAAGGAGAGGAUUCACGUCAUCACCAUUUCUCCAUACUUGAUUUAUUCAGCGAACAUGUGUUAUUAUACUGACUUUUCCAUGUUUCUUGCUCUGUUAAUUAUUAUACAUUUUUUUACGAUGUUUAAGUGUUUGAGUUGAUGUUUGUUAGAUUCAGGGGCAAGAGUAUUAUAGGAUUCCCCUGUGUUCAGUACUGUCAUAUUUGAUUGUGGUAUUGCCUCUACACUAGCGCUGGGGCUAUUUUUUUACUACAAUCCUUAUAUUUUUACAGUUAUUAUGAAAAAAAAACAUGUCAAGUUCUCACUGUUUGGGAGUCGUUUUUUGAGAAAGUAGUGUUGAAAGGAUCUAGGAGUUAAUCUGUUGAAAUGCGGGAGCUGUUGGAGAUCUGACUACUUGCAGAAUUGUUCUCCCCUCCCUCGCAGGUUUUACGAUCAGCAUCUUGGUUCAGGAAGAUGGGACAAGUGGGUAAAGUUACUAGUGAUUUUGAUUUUGUUGCCAUAUAGAACUGCCACAGUAGGCCACUACUUGACGAAUGCACUUCUCUUUCUUUCCUUUCUAGCUUUCUUAUGCUUUAGUUUAGCUCAAGUUUAUGUACGAUGUUUUAUCAGCUUGAGUUGGAACUGUUGUUCCCAUGUUAUGCUCAGGCAAGUCUCUCUGGUGGUUUUUGGUUAAACAUGUCUGUCUGUGUCUUGAGAGACAAAGACGUAGUGGUCCAGCUGUCACUGUGGAGCAACUGCACCAAGGUGAGACCUGAUCUUUGAAUAUAGCAUGAUGAAAAGUAAAACCAAAGUUUUUAUGAAAUGUUUGAAUAAUGUAAAAACAUCUCCAGGUAAAACAUUACUCUGGACCCAGCAACAACGCUAUACCUGUGCUUUCAAAAUCACUAACAGAAGGACUAGCCUCAGCUAUAGUAGCGUAGACGCAUCAAUAACCGGGUGAAUAUGAAUUGUGUGUGUGUGAUUGUGUGGUUGUGUGCUAACGAAGUGUGAUGCUGAGACUAGUUUGGUUUGUAAAAUGUGUAUUUGUUAAAAUCCUGUAUCUAAAUUGGAAGGAUUGACAAUAAAACCAGUGCCUUAGACCUGCAAAAAGUAUGGUUUCUACCUUUGCCUGAACAUAGGUGUUCCUGAGUGUGCUUUGCUGAAGUUAAGCAGUUAAACAGUGCUUUGUGACUCCAUCCUUGAUAAAUGUCUGUGUGAAAGUUGUAUUAUUAGGUUCAAGCUAAAUCUUUAUAUUCCACUAAGGGUGCAGAGACUGUAAGGAUUAUGUAUGUAUGCCAAUAAAGCCCAAUACACCAUA